CGCACCAAGGUUUUCCCACCGGCGGCGGCUGAAGGCGGAAGGCGAACGCGGCGACGAUGGGGCACGACAACGUCUGGAACUCGCACCCCAAGAACUACGGGCCCGGCUCCCGCGUCUGCCGGGUCUGUGGCAACUCGCAUGGACUGAUCAGGAAGUACGGGCUCAUGUGCUGCAGGCAGUGCUUCCGCAGCAACGCCAAGGACAUUGGCUUCAUCAAGUACCGCUAAGACACCUGCACCAGCUGCCCUGAAGUGAAGCUAAUCAGGCGUGAAGAAAUGAUCACUUAAUAGAAGGCUUAAUUUCAAUUCCAGUAAUUUAGCUGUUUGCUCAGUACGGCUCUGCAAGUAAACUUUGUGGCUUUAUGUUUUGAUCGGAACUGAAUGAUGUGAUUGUUGAACAUGAGUUAAUUGCACAUCUGAAAGCCUUUUAUCAAUGUGAUUCCUUCAGUGUUUGUCCU